GCCUCAAAUUAUAGGCGCCAGUGUUGUGAAAGGGACGAUAAUGACGUUUUCUGGAAGCAUGAAGGAGAGCAAGCCGCGAACCGUGAAAGACAAUUGGGAGUCAGAGUUGGGCUAUGGGUGGUCGAGAAAUGGACAGCGGCGGUGUCGGUCGCACCGGCCCCCGGAGUCUACCAUGUCAGUGAGCAGUGACAUUCGCUUCACACGCCGCAAGCUAAGCCGGCCAUGCAGGGGCUGCUGUGCUGCGCUCGCCGCAUUGCUGGUCCUAAUCCUGCUGGCUGCAGUCGCCGUCUACCUCGGCCACAUGUUCCUUUUCGGAGACCCAUUGAAUCGGCAGACCUUUAGAGGUUCAUUCAUAGUGUCAUCGUGGGGUCCGCGCGAGGACUUCAGUAUGGAUGUCAAGGACAACAGUACGAGAGAAUCGCAGAUGCAACAAAUGUUGCAUGAUAUAUACAGCGGCUCAGAACUACGAUCAUGCUUCAUGGAUGCUGACAUUCUUGCUUUGGAUAACGCCGAUGAAGGUACCAAAAUCCACUUUGAAGUAUCCUUUGAACCCAUUUUUACUGCAGUCAGUACGUCUGAGGUAAUAGAAGUGAUGGCUCAAGCUUUACUUACGCCAUACUUCACAACUCUCGGAGCUAUACCAGAGACGCUUCAUAUUGAGGAAAGUUCGGUAAUAUCGUCCGAAGCGCUGAAAGAAAGUGAAACUACAACAACCGAGUUGCCAACAACGGAACCCGUGGUAUUUGACAUCGUGGAGGAAGUUAGAGAGUGUUCCCCGCUAGCAGUGUCCUUGUGCAAACAUCUGCCUUACAACAUCACAACUUAUCCAAAUCUAGUCGGCCAUGCAUCCAAAGACGUCCUACUGCGUGAUCUUGUAGCUUUCAGAGAAUUAUUGGACGCGGAAUGUUCACGCCUUGCUCAAGAUUUCGUAUGCCAAAUGCUCCAACCCCGAUGUGAAGAAGGACGCAUGAUAUACCCGUGUCGGGCGUAUUGCCGCGCUUUCCACGCUGGUUGCGGUGACCGCUUGCCUGAACGACUGCGUCCACACUUUGACUGCGCACGGUUUCCCGAUUAUUUUGGGCCGGGGUCAUGUGCUCCAGAACCAGAUUGUCACGGCAGUUUGCAACGGUUGGCGUUAUCGCGGCGCGCGUGCGACGGGGUCCCGGACUGCGCGGACGCGUCGGACGAGCGCAGCUGUUCGCACUGCGCGGCGGGCGCGGGGGGCGCGGGGGGCGCGAGCAGCCUGCGGUGCGCGCUGCAGCCGCGCUGCCUGCCGCCGCACCUGCGCUGCGACGGGACGCCCGACUGCGCUGAUGGGAGCGAUGAAGUUGGCUGUUUAUGGGUGUCUCGUUCGCUUGCUUCGUGGAAGAGGGAGAAUAGUGAAACAACGUUGGGUUCUAUACGGAGUCGAGGCGGUUACGCAGUGUGGGCGGAAAGAGGACAUUUUGGCAAAAUUUGUGCAGCGCCUUAUGAAAACGACAAACGCGCUUUGAUGAGUGUCGCUGCUUCUUUGUGUACGUCUCUAACGUUUAAAACUGCUGUAACCGCUGAGGCUGUACCAGAUGGUGAAGAAGACAUUGAAGAAGAGGAUAUGCUAGAUAGAAAAGUAGCAAGACCAUCACCAGAGUAUGUGGAAAUAGUUGACCCUACUGCUGCGGAAAUAUCGUUUGUAAGAACUGAAUGUCCUGAGAAGAGAGUGAUCAAAGUUAUCUGUGACCAAUUAGAAUGCGGUAUGCCAUCAGCGCGUGGAGCUAAAGCGGAGAGCGGUGUGUCAGGCUUGACUCGCUCCGCGCAGCCCGGUGAUUGGCCGUGGCACGCCGCACUGCUGCGCUCGCACGUGCACGCGUGCGACGCUGUACUCGUCCACGCUUCCUGGCUCGUGACCACCGCUUCGUGUUUCCAGGGUCAACCAAAAGCUGAAUGGACCGCCAGAUUAGGAACAGUCCGUAUUCAAAGCACAACGCCAUGGCAGCAAGAGCGGCGUAUUGUUGGCAUGAUACGUUCGCCAGUUGAAGGCAGCAUGCUGGCACUAGUGCGAUUAGAGGAACCGGUCGAAAUGACAGAUUUUGUGCGCCCUGCAUGCCUUCCUGAAAAUGGUUUCAAAGCGAACAAUCAAAGCACCUGCAAUACCCUUGGUUGGACCAGAAAUAGAGAUCAAUUACAAAGAGUCCAUGUGGUUACUACUUCCAUGAAUACAUGUGAAAAUGUCAGUAUAGCUACUGGCAAUGGAAUAUGUGCAGAGCCCCUCUACGAUCAAGAUGACUGUGAUGAGGAAGAAUAUGCUGGAAGUUCAAUGAUAUGUUUCGAUGAUAGUUCUAAACGUUGGUCAUUAAUAGGAGUAAGUGCAUGGCGAAUUGCCUGCUCGAAAAUUGGUUUAGGAAGACCUCGCAUCUACGAUUCUGUAACAUCACAUGUAGAUUGGAUUCGAAAAACGAUUUCUAAUUCUUCUAGGUGACCCAUAUUCUAAAGCCAUAUUGUGGUUAAGACUGGUGGAAUUAAAAAUGUCCAAUUAGGAUAUAGAUUUAUGACUAACCAAAACUAUUUGCGUUGUCUUUACAUGAUUGUAAUUUUGCGAUAAAAAUACAACCAACUUUUAACAUAAAUCUUAUGUAAUACUCUUCUUUUAGAUAUAAGAAUUCUUAGAAUUACUUUGUUUUAUAUAUUAUAAUAAGUUGUAAUAUAAAUUGAUAGUUAUAGUAUGUAUAGUACAUUAAAUCAAGAUGUAAAUAAUUAUUUAAUUAUACCAAAACAAAAAUAAAUUGGUCUGUUGUGUUA